UUAAAUCUGUCGACUCCCCUAAACCCCAAUCCCUCUCGCUACCUGUUCCUUUCUCUCCUCAACUGCACCGUCGGUGGGGUGGGUCUCCGCCGUCCGAUCUAGGUUUACUGCCCCGAUCAUUGUUGUUUAACUGAAUGCUCCAUCACCUCAACGCAACUCAGAAACUUGGAAAUGAUGGGUUUGGGUUGGGUGGGAGCGAUAUUAGUAGGAGCAGGCUGGCUUGCUUUGGGCUAUUGCUUUGGCGCGCGUUACCCUCCUUCUCGCAUUUUGGUCUCAGCUAGAGCCGCCAGACUAGCCAAGCAGAAAGCUGUUGCCACUGACGGUAACGGCAAGAAGAAGAAGACCAAAGACCCCCUUGACAUUGAAAAGCUCGCUGACAUUCUCCAAGAUUUCAAAAUGGUCUUGGUGGUCAGGAAUGAUCUGAAGAUGGGCAAAGGGAAAAUUGCUGCUCAAUGCAGUCAUGCGACUUUGGGCCUCUACAAAAAGCUCCUCCGUCGGGCACCAAAAUCUUUAAACAGGUGGGAGAUGUGUGCACAACCUAAAGUUGUUCUAAAAGUAGAAACUGAAGAAGAGAUGCUUGUUUUGCAAGAUAGAGCAAAAUCACUUAACUUACCAAACCAUAUUACAAUUGAUGCUGGGAAGACUCAGAUUGCACCAAAUUCAAGGACAGUGAUGGCUAUUCUUGGACCGAUUGAAGUGGUUGAUGAUGUAACAGGUGGACUGAAACUCAUGUAAUUAAUUGGUUUAAGUGGAGUUGCUUAUUUUCUGAGUGUUUUAAGAACAUGGAAGAGAAUGGCGUCGUGGGAGCUGCAACCUUAGCCAUUGGAGAGAGUAUGCUUCCAGUUCAAUAUUUGAAGAUUCAGUUUAUGAAGGGCCUGAACUCCACAUUAAACAAACUUAGGAUGAUGACGAAAAAUAUCUCUGAGAUGGAUCAUUCAAAAUUGUAGUACUAGAAGGAUAUUUCUCAGGAUCUCUCUAAUCUUCUCUCCUACAUGCCACAUUUAUGUGGUAAAAACUUGAACACCGUUUUUGACAUUAGCAUAUGAUGCGUAUCUGAGAUGUUGUAUUCUCAUUGUUUAGUUUCUUGUUAUGUUUUUGGAUAAUGAAAUUGCUAGGGCCAGUUAAUGAUUGAUGAAACUAUGAAAGACAUCGUGGUCUGUUACAAUUUUGGCUG